UGGGCGGGGCCGGCUCUUGGCUGCGGUUGGUGCGGCCCGGGUGGAGACUUCACGUGCACGCGGGGGGCGGUGCGUCACUGAUCGGUGGGGCGCGGCCGAGGGGUUGGCGUCCGUCCGGAGUCUGCGGCUGGCCCCCUUCUCAGAGGAACUAGGAUGAAUAUGACUCAAGCACGCGUUCUGGUGGCUGGAGUGGUGGGUCUGGUGGUUGUCCUCCUCUACGCCUCCAUCCACAAGAUCGAGGAAGGACACCUGGCCGUGUACUACAGGGGAGGAGCUUUACUAACUAGCCCCAGUGGACCAGGCUAUCAUAUCAUGUUGCCUUUCAUUACUACGUUCAGAUCUGUGCAGACAACACUGCAAACUGAUGAAGUUAAAAAUGUGCCUUGUGGAACAAGUGGUGGGGUCAUGAUCUAUAUUGACCGAAUAGAAGUGGUUAAUAUGUUGGCCCCUUGUGCAGUGUUUGAUAUAGUGAGGAACUACACUGCAGAUUAUGACAAGACCUUAAUCUUCAAUAAAAUCCACCAUGAACUGAACCAGUUUUGCAGUGCCCACACGCUUCAAGAAGUUUACAUUGAAUUGUUUGAUCAAAUAGACGAAAACCUCAAGCAAGCUCUGCAGAAAGAUUUAAACGUCAUGGCCCCAGGCCUCACCAUACAGGCUGUGCGUGUUACAAAACCCAAAAUCCCAGAAGCCAUAAGAAGAAAUUUUGAGUUAAUGGAAGCUGAGAAGACAAAACUUCUCAUAGCUGCACAAAAACAAAAGGUUGUGGAGAAAGAAGCUGAGACAGAGAGGAAAAAGGCUGUUAUAGAAGCAGAGAAGAUUGCACAAGUGGCAAAAAUUCGGUUUCAGCAGAAGGUGAUGGAGAAAGAAACUGAAAAGCGCAUUUCUGAAAUUGAAGAUGCUGCGUUCCUGGCCCGAGAGAAGGCGAAAGCAGAUGCUGAGUAUUAUGCCGCACACAAAUAUGCCACUUCAAACAAGCACAAAUUGACCCCGGAAUAUCUGGAGCUCAAAAGCUCCAACUUUGCUAACUCCUAAAGAGUCUUCACUUCUUCAGAGAGGUCUUCCGGAACUGCUUGCUCAGAGCUCUUCAGUGGGUUCAGCAAGAUCUGUUUAUGCACCUGGAAUAGUGAUUUGCACGUGGUGUUUGUUGGGGUGCAUUAGUUCACCCAGCCUAUUGGAGUCGAUAUAUGUUUGUCUCUGAGUAGCCUGUAAAUUCCUGUGAUGGACAGAGAGCACAGUGCCUGAUACAUACAAGUGCAUCAGAAAACACACAUUGAAUUAUGUCUUCAGCAGCAGUGACCUAAGCUAGCUGGAUUUUAAAUCUCAACCGCAGCCCUCCAGGAACAUCUCAACAAGCUGGGCCAGCUUCUCGGCUAUCCUCUGGUCUCUUGUCUUUGUGUAAGCAUUUUAAACUAAUUUACUGUUAAUUCAUUGCUCACUCCCCCAAGUGUCCAUUAUUAUAUAACUCGGAAUGACAUUUUACUUGUUUUCCUUACCAUGUUUCUUUGGAAUUAGUGCCUUUCAUGUUUUUCUCCUAUUACCUCUUUCUAUCCAUUUUUCUACCUUCCAUCUGCUACAGGCUGAAUGUGUUCCCCUAAAAGUCAUGUUGAAGCCCUAAUGCUCCAUGUGAUGGUAUUUGGAGGUGGGGCCUUUGACAGAUAUUGGGUUAGCCAAAAGGUUCGUUUGCUUUUUUCCAUAAGAUGGCUCUAGUAGCGCUCAGUUGUCUUUUUUUUUUUUUUUUUGCAACACGCGGGCCUCUCACUGUUGUGGCCUCUCCCACUGCGGAGCACAGGCUCUGGACGCGCAGGUUCAGCGGCCAUGGCUCACGGGCCCAGCUGCUUCGCGGCAUGUGGGAUCCUCCUGGACCGGGGCACGAACCCAUGUCCCCUGCGUCGGCAGGCGGACUCUCAACCACUGCGCCACCAGGGAAACCCCCGCUUAGUUGUCUUUAAAUUCUUUCGAAACAAUUUUGUUAGAUUGUAUUGUGACAGCUGUCAUAUCAGUGUGGUUGAAGAAAAGCUUAUGAAAAUUGGUGAAUUUUUGUGUAGCCAUUUUAAUAUUGAAGAUGGAAGAAAAACAACAUUUUCGGAAUAUUAUGCUUUAUUAUUUCAAGAAAGGUAAAAACACAACUGAAACUCAAAAGAAGAUUUGUGCAGUGUAUGGAGAAGGUGCUGUGACUGAUUGAACGUGUCAAAAGUGGUUUGCAAAGUUUUGUGUUGGAGAUAUCUUGCUGGACGAUGCUCCACGGUCAGGCAGACCAGUUGAAGUUGAUAGCGAUCAAAUCCAGACACUAAUUGAGAACAAACAACAUUAUACCACGUGUUGAAAAUCAUUUGCACCAGCUUGGUUAUGUUAAUCGCUUUGAUGUUUGGGUUCCACAUAGGUUAGGCGAAAAAAGCCUUCUUGACCGUAUUUCCACAUGCCAUGCUCUACUGAAACAUAAUGAAAACGCUCCGUUUUUUUUGUUUUUUUUUUUUUUGACUGCGUUGGGUCUUCGUUGCUGUGUGCGGGCUUUUUCUCUAGUUGUGGUGAGCGGGGGCUACUCUUCAUUGCAGUGGCUUCUCUUGUGGAGCACGGGCUCUAGGUUCAGGGCUUCAGUAGUUGUGGCUCGCGGGCUCUAGAGCACAGGCUCAGUAGUUGUGGCGCACCGAAAACGUUGCAUUUUUAAAACAAAUUGUGAUGGGUGAUGAAAAGUGGAUACUGUACAAUAAUGUGGAAAGGAAGAAAUCGUGGGGCAAACGAAAUGAACCACCACCAAGCACCCCAAAGGCUGGUCUUCAUCCAAAGAAGGUGAUGUUGUGUAUAUGGUGGGGUUGGAAGGGAGUCCUCUACUAUGAGCUCCUUCUGGAAAAUCAAACAAUUAAUUCCAACAAGUACUGCUCCCAAUUAGACCAUCUGAAAGCAGCACUCCAUGAAAAGCGUCUGGAGUUAGUCAACAGAAAACACAUAAUCUUCCAUAAGGAUAACACAAAACCGCAUGUUUCUCUGAUGACCAGGCAAAAACUGUUACAGCCUGGCUGGGGAGUUCUGAUUCAUCCGCCAUAUUCACCAGACGUUGCACCUUCAGAUUGCCAUUUAUUUCGGUCUUUACAAAAUUCUCUUAAUGGAAAAAAUUUCAAUCCCCUGGAAGAAUGUAAAAGGCAUCUGGAAUAGUUCUUUGCUCAAAAAGAUAAAAAAUUUGGGGAAGAUGGAAUUAUGAAGUUGCCUGAAAAAUGGCAGAAGGUAGUGGAACAAAAUGGUGAAUACGUUGUUCAAUAAAGUUCUUGGUGAAAAUGAAAAAUGUGUCUUUUAUUUUUACUUUAAAACAGAAGGAACUUUUUGGCCAACCCAAUAAUUAGGUUGUUAAGGUGGAGCCUUCAUAAAUAGAAGUAGAUGAGAUGUCUACUUAUAAGAAGAGAUGUCUUAUAAGAAGAGAUGUCUCGCUGGGCCACAUGAGGACACAACAAGAAGGCCAUCUGCAAACCAGGAGGAGAGCUCUCACCAGACACCAAAUCUGCUACCACUUUGGUCUUGGACUUCCCAGUAUCCAAAACUGAGAAAUGAAUGUUUAAGCCACCCAGUUUAUGGUAUUUUGUUAUAGCGGCCUGAGCAGACUAAGACGCCAGCUAUUUCAAUUUUUUAUCUUGAAGUAUUUUUAAAUCUUUCCUUUUCUUUCUGUAAAUAUUUACUGGGUAUCUAGUAUGCGCUAGUUGCUGAGGCAACAAAAAAGACUUUUAGCCUUGUGGUGGAGGGGGGUGCGGUUUGGAUGGUACAGCAAAUAAAUAGGCAAGUAUGAUAGUGUGGUAAGUACCACAGCAGGCAGAACACUGGAUGCAAGGAGUACAGGUGGGGGUCACCACAGCCUGGUGGUUUCUAGGAGGCAGUGUCAGAUCUGAGCUACAUUUUUAAGGAUAUACAGGAGGCAGCCAGGCAACUGAAGAGAAUGAUGGUAAUGGUGGAAUGUGUUCCAGGCAAUGGGAGCACCAGAUGCUAUUGUAUUUUAAAAUGCAAUUCACUGGGUCCCCAUGCCUCAACAGUGCCAUGCAGGCAAUUAACAUGUUGUUUUUCACUGCAGGGUUCCUCCCAUACUAUGGAAGCUGCAGUCAUUCUGCAGAUGUAUUCAACUCAGAUAUGCACAAGAAUUAAUAUCCCGAGGGACAACCCUCAACCAAUGGAAGAGAGGAGCACAAAUGGUCAGAGAGGAGGUGACCCCUAAAACCUCAGUGGAGACAGCAGCCCUCCUGACACAACAGGAGAAACAAUGUGAGCAUCAAAUUGAAUACAAUUCAAGUGUUCAAGUGCCUGGUAUGUGCCAGGAAACCUAAAAUGUGUUAAGUGUUGGACCAACAAUGAACAAAACAAUAGUGAAUAAGACAUAGUCUUUGUUCUCUUAGAAUCAACAGUCUCAUGGGAAGGUAGACCUUAAUCAAACAAUUCCAACUAUGAUGAGGCUAUACAAAUGGGAAGAAUGUACUACUGGUAGUGUAAAGAAAGAGAAGGGGGAGAUAAAGAACGAGAAGGUAUGCUAGCCAGUUAAAGAUCAGGGAAUAACAAAAAUUCUACAAAAUUUUUUUUUAAUGAGCAAAGGAUCUCAAUAGACAUUUCUUCAGAGAAGAUAUAUAAAUGGCCAAUAAGAACAUGAAAGAUGUUUAACAUCAUUAGUCAUUAGGGAAAUGCCAAUCAAAACCACGAUGAGAUAGGACUUUAUACCCACUGGAAUGGCAGUAACAAAAAAGACAAUAACAGUUGUUUGCAAGGAUGGGGAGAAAUGGGAAUCCUCAUACACUGCUAGUAGGAAUGUAAAAUGGUACAGCUACUUUGGAAUAUGUUUUGACAGUUCCUCAAAAUGUUAAGCAAAGAGUUACCAUAAGACCCAGCAAUUCUGCUUCUAGGUAUCUACCCAGAAGAAUUAAAACAUGUCCACACAAAGUGAACUGUAUACUUUAAAAGGGUGAAUUGUAUGUGAAUUAUAUC